AUGGCAUCUCCAGCUGUCCCACUGAAGCGAACCUACAAUCACAAAUCACACUCUUCCGAAGAUUCGAAAACUAAACGUAUCUGCACAGCGGCAAGUCUAGCUGCUGCAAAGAUAUCACAACGGGCACCUACAAUCGAACGAGUUCUCACCAUCUCAGAAGAUGCUGUUUGGUCGCUCCGCAAAUCUGACCUCCGUACCCACUUUCUUACUCUGCAACAAUACACUCAAUCACUUUCCAAUGCACUGCCAAGAGUCGACUCUGGUGCGGAAAUCCAUGAUGAUUUCAAUGAGAUCCCUUUGCCCGAGAUCCUUCCCCCACUCCUACGUAUGCCAGUCGAAAUCCGCCAACUAAUCUAUCGUCAUUUGCUGACACCUCCCUCCAAUGACCCCCGCCUUGGCCCCCAUCCUCGCCAACUCCAAUCCCACAUUUAUCUUUCUCGCGCCUUCGAAGUCGCCGUUCUACAUCUGAAUCGCCAAAUAUAUCACGAAGCGCUCCCAAUAUUUUACGGCGACUCCCUUCAAACUAUCUCUGUAACCGUCGACUACAAUCUCUGGACACACAAAACGCAACGCUCCGAUUUAGUUCUCUCCUCAUUCCUCACCUCGUCAAUUCGGAAUUUAUCCCUUUCCGUCCAGCUUGGUAGCGAGAAACGAAAACAGAAACCCGAUGACUUCGAAGCGGAGGCGAGACUAAUAGAAGUAACUAAAGGGAUUAAGAAAUUGAGGAAAUGGUUAGCAGGAGCUGACAUCCAAAUUUUGAGGAUUGGAUGGCAAGAGCCCCCGCAGACCUACACAUUGGAACAGAAAAAAGAGAUCUUGGAUGGACUGAGAGCUUUGAGGGCGGUUAAAGUGGAGGCCGGGAAUAUUAAUUGGGGGCUAGAUUGGAACAAGGGAAAGAAGUUUAGGUUUGACGUUGAUUAUUUAAAAGAAUUGGAAAGAGAGCGAUCCUGA